AUGGAGAAACAGAAAGAACAGAAGAAGGAUUUCUGUGCGCAAGUUACUGGUGAGCUUAUGCUGAAGGAGAUCCAAAAGGGCUUCAAUGCUGAGAACAUAGUGUUGUCUCCGUUAUCUUACACUGUCGUACUGAAUAUGACGGCGGCCGAAGCAACGGGACCUACUUUAAAACAGAUGCUUGAAUAUCUUGCAGUUGAGAAGAUCGAUUAUCUGAAUACCAAGUUCUUAGAUAUGGCGGCUAUAGCGACGACCAAUAGUGAUGGGGGUCCUGAUGUGUGCUUCCUUAGCGCACUUUGGGUGGAACAACAACUUCGCCUAAAGAAGUCUUACCAAGAACUUGUCAAGAAUGUCUACAAGACAAGGGCUAAAAGUGUGGAUUUUGAAAAAAAAGGUACAUGGAAAGAUAAUUUUAUUGAAAGGCUCACUCAGAACAAAGAUUUUUACCUACUCAACGGAGACAAGGUUUCAGUUCCUUUCAUGACUGGUUGUCAUAAUUAUUUAUAUGGAUCAUUUGAAAGUUAUCAAGCAGUGAAAAUUUCUUAUGAAAAAGGAAAAGAUGAUAAAAAAGACUUCUCCAUGUACUUCUUUCUUCCUAAUGAAAGGGACGGAUUGCCAAGCUUAUUGAAGAAAGUGAACUCUGAUUCAAACUUCUUUACACAAGAUUUCGAGCUAUGGAAAGAAACCCUUGAUGCAUUUUGCAUCCCAAAGUUCAAAUUCUCAUUCACCACAGAAGAAGGGGAAAAAGCAAUGCAGGAAAUGGGAAUGACACUACCUUUCGAGAAGACUUGCAAGGACCUAACAGAGGUUGUGGAAAAUAAAAAUGUUUCUUUAUAUGUGUCCAUGAUAAUACAGAAAGCAUUUGUAGAAAUUGAUGAGAAAUGUACCGAGGCAGCUGUUGUUACUUUUGAGUCAGAAGAUGAUUUGGGAUGUUGUUUGUAUCAAAGUCCUCCAAAAAAAUUCGUAGCUGAUCAAUCCUUCUUGUUCAUGAUUAGAGAAGAGAUUACAAGGUCGGUACUUUUCACUGGAGCAGUGUUAAAUCCAUUGCUAAAUGGAUCUGAUGAUACUACAACUAUGGCAUGA